CGAAAGUUUUGCUUGAUCGUGUGUGUUUUCACAAAUCGUUGUUUUCUUGCUUUUCGACCUGAUUUUGUUAGUAAUAUUGAACUAUUAUAUGUUGAACAAUGGUGCAGUCGUGCUACGUGUGCAAAAUAAACUCAAAAAAUCCAGAAUCUGUUGAUAUAUCAUUCCAUAGACUUCCAGCUGUUCCAGUUAAGCGCUUGAUAUGGAUGUCACUGCUUGGCAUUGAUAGCCAAACGAUACUUCCUAUAGGGAUACGUGUAUGCAGUAAGCAUUUUCGUAAAACCACUGUAACGGUCUAAAAAAAGUAUUUUUAUGGUGGAGUAAAUUUUAAUAAAGUAAUAAUAUUGGAG